AUGUCUUCCUCUAUCUUCUUUCGCUUCAAGUCGCAGAAGGAGCCCCUGCAAAUAACAUUUGACGGCACCUCUCUAUCUGUGUUUGAAGUGAAGCGCGAUAUCAUCACCUUGUCGAAGCUCGGUGACGGGACAGACUUCGACCUCGAGAUCUACGCCGCGGACAGCAAUGAGAAAUAUGACGACGACACUACGCAGAUCCCGCGCUCGAGCACGGUCAUCGCACGCAGACUACCCGCCUCCAGACCUGGCGCAGGCAAAGCCGCCCGCUAUGUCACCGGCAAGAUGCCCGUGAACGCAAAGAAUGCCCAUCGCAUCGAGUCCUCCCACAACAACAAUCCAAACCGGAACACCCCAACCAUGCAGACUGGCGGACCGAUCGGCGCGGGCAAGGAGAUGACGGAGGAAGAGAAGCUUCAAGCCAUCUUGACUGCCAACACACAGUCCUGGAAGGCAGAGCAAGAAGCCGCCUCCCACAAGCCUGUUGUGCGUCAGAGCUACAACAAGUCCACCCCUGUGCCCGACAAGCCGCUCCCACCAGGCUACAUCUGCCAUCGCUGCGGCGAGAAGGGUCACUGGAUCCAAGCCUGUCCGACCAACAAUGAUCCCAACUUCGACAACCGGCCUAAGUUCCGCCGCACCACAGGCAUUCCGCGGUCGUUCUUGAAAGUCGUCGAGAAGCCGACGGAAAUGGGUGAAGACGGGAAGCUUGACGUCUCCAAGCUACCACAAGGCGUCAUGUACACCGCCAACGGCGAGUGGGUCAUCGCAGAACCGGACAAAGCGACCUGGGACAAGAUCCAAGAGAAGACCAGCGCAGCUGCUGAGAAGGCCAAAGAGGCUGCAAGCGGAGACGCAGAGUUGCGGGAGCGAGGGCUGGAAUGUCCGAUCCACAAGGGCGCCUUCAACGAGCCGGUCAAGACGCCCUGUUGUGGGAAGACGUACUGCAAGGACUGCAUCGAGAACGCGCUGCUGGAUGCGGAUCUGCUGUGUCCGAAUUGCGGAGAGCAGGUGUUGCUCGAUGGUCUGGAGCCGGACGACGAGGUUGCGGGCAAGAUGAAGGAGUUUGAGGAGGAGAAGAAAGCAGAGAGGGCGGAGAAGAGUAAGGAGGCUAGCAAGAGUCCUGCUGCUGAGGCUGCUGGCACGCCGAAAGAGGGUGCUAAGUCGCCUUCUGCUGUACCUGAUAUCAAAGUCGACGGCGCCGAGUCCGCCGCUUCCACUCCCAACUCCAAGAAGCGCGCUGCAGAAGACGAGCUACCCAAUGAUCGUAAGCCCGCCAACCCAGCUGAAGCCAACAAGUCUAAACAGGGCACGCCCGCCCCGCCCACCGGUCCUGCAUCCUCGAGCAACACCCCGAAGCCCAACGCUCAGCCGCCCAUGGCGCCCGCAAAGGAUAUGGCCGAGUUCCAGAAGCAGAUGAGCGCGAUGGCGGCCAGUAUGUCGGGGAUGCAGGGCGGGAUGCCGGCGAUGAUGAAUCCGAUGAUGAAUGGGUUCAAUCCGGCGAUGAUGGGAAUGGGGAUGGGCGGGUUUGGGCCGGGGAUGAUGGGGAUGGGGGGGAUGGGGGGUUAUGGGCCGAUGGGCGGGAUGGGCGGGAUGAACAUGAAUGGGAUGGGGAAUAUGAACGGCUGGGGCGGGAACAACCAGAUGAUGGGCAACGGCGGAUGGCAGAACGGUGGCGGGAAUGGUGGAUGGCAGAACAAUGGUGGGAGAGGUGGGAUGCAGGGGGGUGGGAAUGCCAAUAACGGACCGUAUAUGCGGCAGCCGGUGAAUCAGCGAGGCAGGGGGAGAGGGGGGUUUCAGAGGGGGAGGGGGGAUUAUCGGCAGCUUUGA